CAUUUCGUCAAGGAGCUUCAGGAAAGUGUGUGAUUCGAGAGUGGAGUUGAGUUUGGACAGUGUGCAACCGUGACACUGUUUUGUAUAUAAUCUGUCAUAAAAUAAAAUACACAUUUGCAGCUGUAUUCUGUAAAAUGGUCGGGGUAAAGGUAAUCGGAAAUGAUUCAGAAUUCCAACCUGAGCUAUCCGCCGCCGGCUCAAGGCUUGCCGUAGUGAAGUUCACGAUGGCAGGGUGUCGACCCUGUGUCAGAAUAUCCCCUGCUUUCAACAUGUUGAGUAACAAGUACCCACAUGUAAUUUUUCUUGAAGUAGAUGUACACGUCUGUCAGGCAACGGCUGCCGCCAACAACAUCUCUGCAACGCCAACGUUUUUGUUUUUCCGUAACAAAGUGCGCAUUGACCAGUAUCAGGGUGCAGAUGCCUCGGGUCUAGAGGAGAAGAUCAAGCAGCAUGUAGAAAACGACCCUGGAAGCAACGAGGACUCAGACAUUCCCAAGGGAUAUAUGGACCUGAUGCCGUUUGUGAACAAAGCUGGCUGUGAGUGCCUAAAUGAGAGCGACGAGAGCGGUUUUGACAACUGCUUGGUCAAGGACACCACCUACCUGGAGUCUGACUGUGACGAGCAGCUCCUCAUUACGAUGGCCUUCAACCAGCCAGUCAAGCUGUUCUCAAUGAAGCUCCAGUCCUCUGACUUCGCCCAGGCACCAAAGUGUGUGAAGAUCUUCAUCAACCUGCCUCGCUCCAUGGACUUUGACGAUGCUGAGCGGAGUGAGGCCACCCAGACCCUGGACCUGGCAGAGGAGGACUUCAAGGACGACGGACUGAUUCCACUGAGAUACGUCAAAUUCCAGAAUGUCCAGAGUGUCACCAUGUUUGUGAAGAACAACCAAGGGGAUGAGGAGACAACUAAAAUAAAUUACCUUACUUUUAUCGGGACCCCUGUACAGGCAACAAACAUGAACGACUUCAAACGGGUUGUGGGCAAGAAAGGAGAGAGUCACUGAUAAGGAAGAGAGGAGAAAACUGCCCAUAUUGCUGCGAUCAUCCCCCCACCAGGACUUCCCUCUGUCUGUCUGCCAAAGCUGCCACUGGGAGGGUUAGGGUCAGCUCCACUGUAACACAACACAGAUAACCAACGAUGUGUCCCAAAUAGCACCCUGUUUCCUUUACAGUGCACACUACCUGUUGGACCUGGUAUCCCAUCCUGAAGUAGGGCUUUGAUCCAGAGUUGUCUGCGGUCAAAUGUAGUGCAUUGUAAAGGGAGAUGGGUGCCAUUAUAAAGGGAGAUGGGUGCCAUUAUGAAGGAAGAAGGGUGCCAUUAUGAAGGAAGAAGGGUGCCAUUUGGGACACACCAACCUAAUGUUUAUACGAGCUGUCCUCCUCCUCGUCUGCCAGUGAAAUCACCAAGAUGAGGCAACUCACUCAAUUCAUUCAAACAUUUUUAUUGUAAUUCAAGACAAAACACUGUAAAUAAACACAAUCCUUUUUCAAAGGCACGUUGGUA